AUGAACGCGACGGCGCCGGCGCUGAUCCCGCCCUUUCGCUUCAGCACGGUACAACAGGGACUGUACCGUGGCUCGUAUCCCACGCUCAAGAACUUCCGCUUCUUGAGGCGCUUAGGACUCAAGACGGUCGUGUCUGUAAUUCCCGAACCGCCCACGAGCGACUUGGCGGACUUUUGUGCGACGGAAAAGAUCACGUUGCGGCACUUUUAUGCGGAGAAGUUCACGUCGGAUAACGUGACGGUAUCGCCUACUACAAUCGCGCAGAUUCUGGAUCUUGUCGUGCAGUUGAAGCAUCUCCCGCUGUAUCUCCACUGUCUAGAUGGAGCGAAUGUAACGGGCAUCGUCGUCAUGGUCCUCCGGAAGCUUUUGAAUUGGACCAAGCUGGCUACUGUUUCGGAAUUUUGCAGGUUUACACGGGACCACGGCAUCGAAAAAGACGAGUCCGAGUACCUGGCUGCCUUUUCAGAGGAGAUUGUCAUCGGUGAUGACGUGCCAGAGUGGCUGUGGAACGGCGUGCGCGUGACGAAACAUCCCACGAUGAUCGUGCAUCAGCCAGGUCUGGAGCUCGCGACUGCUAAUGCACUCGAUGCUGCUGGGAACUUGACCAACGGCACGCCGAGUCUCAAGUGGGAGACGGAAGUCGAAAAGACCGAGGCUAUUCUGCGGCAGUUUGAGAAAGCUAGUCGCAACCGCAUUGGAGAAGUGGCUGAUGGCAGUGAACAAGUCGAGACAGUUAUUGACGAGGCGCUGCAGGAUGUCCCGCUCACCCGAUCGCUCGAAGCGCUCGAUCUAGCAGGUGUGUGA